UCUAGAACUUUAUUGGUUCGUUGGUUGGCUUUUUAGAAACUGACUUUUAAUAUGUACCCUGCGCCAGAUUUUUUUUGCUUCCGCUUACUGAGGAAAAUGAACAUUGAUGGCGCGCUUAUUAGAAUAAUUCAAAGAGUUGGGACAAGUCUGCAUUAUUUUCUACAUUAUCUAAUCUAGUCUUAGGUAUUUUAAAAUGUUUGAUAUUUAAAGAAUGCGAUUUUUUCAUAUAGAACGCGUAGGACGAUUUGACAUGGACAUGCAAAUCAAAGUCAAAUCCAGUUAUGGAGCUUAAGUGGCUAAUGAUCAUCUUUGUUAAUUAUCUGUUAAGGACGUACAAACUACACAUUAAUUUUGUACAAAUAGAAUAUCAACAAUAGUAAAAGACAGUAAAACAGACAGGCCUGUAGCAAGAAUCAAACUUGUACUGAGGCAAAGCUAGAAACUGCAUGAUAAAUCCAAAAGGUGUUUUCUCAUACUUUGCAAUUGUGAAACAUUAAACAUUAAAAUUUUACCGAGGCGAGUUCCAUACUUGCCUCAUGCUGGCUACGGCCCUGACAGGGUUAAAGCUAGCUGGACACACGCGGUGAAACGCCUUCAGCGGAAUUACAGGACUUCCAGAGUUCAUAAGACUAUAGUCCCAUGAAACGAUGGUCAAGUUUAUAUUUAGAAUUGUAUUUGAAAUUGUUUUAAACGAAAUACUGAACAGUUGCUUUCUCUAACACUUGUUCUCACGAAAACAAAAACAAGAGAGGGCUUUCAAUGAAAUCCCAGAGUUAAUGAGACUAUAUAGUCCCAUGAAGUGAUGGUCUAAGCUUAUAUUUGAAAUUGUAUUUAAAUGUAUUGAGAGCAAUAGAGAACAACGAUAAUAAUAAUGAGGGCUAACUACCCAGGUAUACAAAUAAAGAAAUAAUUAUUUUAAUCUUUAUUGAUUUAUAAGGCGUCUCCUGUGGUGAAAAUAUACACUGGAAUACGCUGUCGUUGAUUCCUUAAAGGCUAACAUUACCCGCUUUUAAUUAACUAUAUAAAUUUAUAGAAUAGAAUUUAACAUUCAUUUUCAUUUGGAAUACUCUGAAGCAGCAACAUGAAAGCUCUACUCAUCUCGGCCUGUGUCGCUAUGCUGGUUUGUGCCAAAGGGAGAACUAUGGAUCUCUUCGAGGAAGAUUCAGAAAGUCUCCUUGAAGAUGACGGUAAAAGUGCUACGGACAAGAUUGUGGAGAUAAACCAAGCUAAAGACAAGGAUCUGUUCGAGGGCGAUAUCGUGGUCACGGACCAUGAUGACGUGGACCAGAGAGAGCAAGGAGAUGUGGAUGGACCGCUGGCCAAGAAAUACACGCGCAAUGCACGCCGGUCGCGUUUAACCAUAUGGAAGACCAAGGUUAUUCCAUUCGAAGUCGUACCAGAGCUAGCCGGUGUAUCGAACAUCGGCGCGGCAAUCGAGGAGUUCAAUAAACACACGUGCAUUCGCUGGGUACCGCGUACAACAGAAGCAAACUGGGUCAAGAUUGUCAAAGAAACAGGCUGCUGGUCGUUAGUUGGAAAAAGUUAUUGGUCCGCAGGAUUCCAGCAGUUAUCGCUAGGAGACGGGUGUCACAACAAAGGGACCAUUAUGCACGAAAUGAUGCACGCCUCCGGUUUUUGGCACGAGCAGUCCAGACCCGACAGGAACAACUACGUGGAGGUUAUGUGGGAAAAUAUAGCGGAAGGGAAAUCCCACAACUUCAACAAGUACGACCGAGGGCAAAUAGACGACUUGAACGCUAACUACGACUUCUCCAGCCUGAUGCAUUAUGGGUCGUUCAGCUUCAGCAAAAAUGGGAAGCGAACCAUCCAGGCGGUCGGCGAUCCCACGAAGGGUCUCGGUCAGAGGGAUGGGUUCAGCGUCAACGAUAUUUUCGAGUUGAACGCUUUGUACGACUGCAAAGGCCCUUCCGGCGGAUGGAGUAACUGGGGAACAUUUAGCCCAUGCAGUCCCGCCUGCAAAAAGAAUAGACAACGCUUCUGCACCGCCGAAGACAGGGAGACCAAGUGUCCGGGGGCAAAUGUAUAUGGGAUAGGGACUGAGGAAAUUCAAUGCGAUAACAAAGAAUGCUACGCACCGGUUGACGGACACUGGGGUCGCUGGUCAUCAUGGGGCGCUUGCAGUAAGACAUGUGGAUACGGACAACACACGAGAACGAGGCUAUGCGACGAUCCGAAACCGCAAAAUGGCGGGAAAGCGUGUCCCGGAAACUCCAAACAGUCACAAUCGUGCAAACAACACACAUGUGGACUUGGUCCAGAUGACUGUGAGUUUGAGCUUGGAAUGUGCAACUGGACCCAGACUGUUAACGGUUAUCAAUGGAUACGAAAAUCGUUCUCUACUCCUAGCUCCAACACGGGACCAUCAGGCGAUCACUCUACUGGCCAAGGUUAUUAUCUAUAUGCUGAAGCUUCAAAUGUGGCACAAGGACAGAAGGCUGACCUUGUUAGCAAGGCGUUCCUCGCUACUUCUGGUCGAUGCGUCAGAUUCUUUUACAACAUGAACGGUGCAGCAAUUGGAACACUCAAUGUUUUUGUGAAGGACUCGGUAAAUGGGACAGAGACUCUGAUCUUUACCAAGAGCGGAAAUAAGGGCAAUUCAUGGAUUCCUGGAAAUGGCACAAUUACCAGCAGUAACAAAUACAAGAUCGUGUUUCAGGCAAUACGAGGGGUGAAUUACAGAGGAGAUAUUGCCAUUGAUGACGUCACAUUCAAAGAACAUGCUUGUGACAUCGCAGUGACACAAGCUCCGCCCACAUCCCAACAGCCGAUCACAGAGCAGCCGACGACCAAGCAACCCACUACCGAGCUGCCGACGACCAAGCAACCCACUACCGAGCUGCCGACGACCAAGCAACCCACUACCGAGCUGCCGACGACCCAGGAGCCAACCACGGAACGGCCAACACCCUCAGGCUGCUCUGAUACGCGUAAAAAAUGUGGGGCAUGGGCUCGUGCAGGGUAUUGCCACAGAUUUCAGUACGUAAAGGACAAUUGCAAGAAAAGCUGCCAAGUCUGCGGCUGCUCUGAUACGCGUGAAGAAUGUUGGGCGUGGGCCAGGGCAGGGUACUGCGACAGAUCAAAGUACGUGAAGGACAAUUGUGAGAAGAGCUGUCAAGUUUGCGGCUGCUCUGAUACGCGUAAAGAAUGUGGGGCAUGGGCUCGUGCAGGGUAUUGCCACAGAUUACAGUACGUAAAGGACAAUUGCAAGAACAGCUGCCAAGUCUGCGAUUGCUCUGAUACGCGUAAAGAAUGUGGGGCGUGGGCCAGAGCAGGGUACUGCCACAAAUCACAAUACGUGAAGGACAAGUGUAAAAAAAGCUGUCAAGUCUGCGGUUUGGCAGCUUGCAACGACAAGAAAUCUUGGUGUCCUCGCUACGGACAGUACUGUCGUUAUGAGAACAUUAGAAGAUUCUGUUCUAAGACAUGCAAAGUUUGCUAGGGCUGUGCUCUUGAAGUGCAAAUUCAUUUGAACAGAGAUGAGGACUUUGUAAGGCUUUAAAAGAUGUCAAUAAAAUCAUAUUAAAACAA